AUGGCACCUAACACGAACAGGAAUCGAUUUCUCCCACGAACGCCCCAGGAGCUGGAGAAGUGCUCCUACGGCAGGUUCCCCGCGCAACCCGACGACUCUUCAUUCGGCUCCACAAGCAGCAACAGCGCCGACUCCGACAUCGCCCAAGAGGACGUAUCGCACGAGGACGCUGUAAUGGGAGACGCAGCAGACGAAACCGAGACCGACGAACCGGAUGACCUGCCUGAGCCUCGAGGCCCAGCAAGACUCAUCGCCAGCCAGACAGAAGCACAGCGGGCAAAGCUGGCCGUAUUCCGCGCAUUCUGCACUGUAUUCAACCAGACGGCCGCCCAGUUCACCUCAGCCCAAGCUCUCAACUUCGCCAAGGACUUCUCGCGCGGCUUCCUCAGCUACUGGGACGACGCGCUCAACGGCGCGCCCACACGCUGGCAGCUCACGGAUAUCUGGGGGGCCGUCGUGGACUAUGACCAAGCUAUCAAAGAGGAGAUCAGGCUCCAGACAGGCGGCGAGCCAAUCGAUGUCCACGUGGCUAAGAGAUACGCCGAAAGCUCUGACCAGCCCACUGUGACGAUGGUUGUGUCUUUCGAGGCGCCGAUACAGAGGAGAUGGCGGCACUUCGGCACCAGCCGACUAGCCCGACUGAUCGCCAAGAACCCCCAGCCCGCGCAGUGCGAUAACUGUUGGCAUUUCCACUCCCGCGCUACGCAUGCGACCGAAAACAGGCCUGCCGACGAUGCGGCGGGAAAGACCACCGCGAUAACAGCCGCCGAGACUCGCCUAGGCACGCAACAGGACCAGCAGCAGCAGCAAUGCCAACCCCAGCGGCUGCCACCGCCUACCCGCCCGCCGGCGCCCGACUUCACAACGCUUCUCUUACCGCAGCAUGAGACAGUGGUCGCAGCGGACAGUGCCGAGUCUCCCAAGAAGAGGCGCCGACAGAAUGCACGCCUCAAACCAUAUGACGACAGGGGAACGAUCCGAGUUCUCCACGCCAACGUGGCCAAAAUAAGGGCCUAUCAUACCAUAGCCCUACGACUAGCAGAAGCAGGAGAUUACGACAUUGAAACAGAGAAUGGGGCAUAUAGGACCCAGACGCACUGGUCCUUCCACGCCUUUGCCCCAGAACGAGCCUGGGAGCCAGACCAGGCCCCGAGGGUGAUUUCAUAUGUCCGUAACGAUGCGGAUAUACGGAUAGAGCAGCUCUGCCUCACGCCUACGCGCGAUCUACUCUGGCUCCGGCCACUCGAAUACAUCCUCUACCAACAUGAGGUCCCUGAGAAAUGUCUUAUUGCGGGCGACUUCAACGCCUUCCACUGGCCUGCCUCGUUUCUGGCCAGCAUUCGAGAGGAUAUCGGUGAUGCUCUUGUCCGGCCAUAUACCGAAGAAUGCUCUUAA